AUGGCAACUCACAGUCUCGGUGUCAGCAUCAUCUUGAUGCUAUAUGUCUCGACUCUCUUGAAUCUUGUGCAAGCCCACCCUCGCGACUACCUUCGCCAUGUGCAUUAUCAACUUCCUGGAACCGAUAUGCCAACCUCGACCAACAACCCUCCCAACCUGGCCAGAGAUGUCACGUCCAACAUGCCUGUCUUACCCUGUCUCAAUGGUCCCUGCGCUACUGCUAUUCCUCCGCUGGAGAAGCUCUCCUGCUAUGCUGUCAAUGGUACGGUCUUUUUCAAUAAUGCCACAAACUACACUCUCCUCUGCGACGUUGACUUCCCGGCUCAGAAUAUCUAUCCGUUUGUCCUGGCCGGAUCUUUCAGUGAAUGCCUGGAGCAAUGCGAGUCCUUCAAUCGCAAAAACGUGUCUGGAACUCGCUGCGUGGGUUUCGUCUUCGCGGCAGACCGACUCCACGACGCCGACGACUGUUAUCUGAAGUCAUCAUUGAAUGAACCUAUCCCGGCAACCAUCCAUUUGGUCGGUGCCACCAUGGCAACAUCUACGUCUGCUUGCACUAAGACACCCAAAUCCAACUCUGAGACUCGCUCCAUGCUUAGCAGCUCGGGUUCAGCUUUGACUGUCAAAGAUUUUAGGGUACUUGGGAGUUCGACCAACAAGCCGACGACCCAAUAUGUCAGCCAUGUCCCUGCAACUCCAGAGAAGCUUUCAAGCAACGUCCUCAUUCCGGGAAUCAACGUCGACUUGAUUACAAAAUACCCAAUUGCGGGUGAUACUGGCGUCUGGUGUGAGGGAAAUAUUCCCCUGAAUGUGAAUGUCGCAGACAUGAAGGUGGUACCACACAUGUCAAGAGACGGCGGAAAGGGUGGAACGAUCAAUGGUACUCACCUCUUUGUAUUUUGCGACACUGCCAGUUUUCAGAUCGACGGUACGUCCAACCCACUCGUGGGGUUCGUCUCUAGCUCCGUCGCAACAGACGACGGCAUGAAAGCACUCUAUGGCCAAGCCCUGGACCUAGUCGACCAUCUCGGCGAAUGGCAAGAUGAUGUUGGAAGAUUGCGUGGCUUCGCACCCAUGACAACUGGAGAAGAGUCCUUCAACAUUGCUCUCUCGGGCAAUGGCUAUCGGUACGCGGUGUGGCCUGAGUCAUCCCUCAUCCCUCUGAAUAGAAGCCAUGCACUACUGUAUCCCGCGCUGGUGUAUGAUGUUGUCAACAUGAAGACUCAAGCGGCGGUAUUCCAUGAUUUGGGCAGCACCAUUCUCCUUGUUUCGGUGGAUGAGAAGUACGGGCCAACAGCUCAACGCUUGGUACCUCAGCUCUUCAAGCAAGACCAAGUGACCUUUGGCACUUUGGGAGGUCUCCGUUCUUGGGGGUCGUCUGGUGUCGGCGGUAAUGAUGGAGUAAUCUACCUCUUUGGCGAGACUGACCAUGGUGUGCUUGUGGCACGAACCACUCCGGAUGAAUUUACCAGUCUUUCGUCCUACACCUACUGGGAUGGCAGUGCUUGGUCCAGCAACAUGCCUUCACCGAAGUCCACAGCAACCAUGAUCGACGUGCCCGUGCAGGACUUGGAUGUGUUUUACGUCCCUGCUCUUCGUAGCUUUGUCAUGAUCUACCUCAACACCGUUGCAGACAAUACGUUCUAUUACCGACAUUUGCCUCUCGAUCUGGACGUCGAUGAGAAUGGAGAUUACCAGCACAUCAUCACGAGCCAGUGGUCGGAAGAGGGUGUUCUAGCCAAGAUCGACGCUCCUGCCGAAGGAUACAUGUACGCGGGUGGAAUGCACGCGGGCUACUUUGGUGACGACGACAUUACCAACGGUGGUUGGAAGAUGUUGAUAACCUGGACCGAACAUACCGGCAAAGACGCUGCCAGUCCAGAAUCCGGAUAUGCGCACAAAUCAGCCUACGUCGAGUUGGGGCUCGCGUAA